CACACCAGUGCGCCUCGCAGGGCGUCUCGGGAAUUGUAGUUUUAUUUGGUCCUAAGAUCCAGUGGAAUCCAGGGAGACAUGAUGAGGAUGAGGUCAGUGCUGGGAAUGGCAAAGCAAGCAGGACAAGGUGGGGCCACACGAGACUGAUCCAACAACUAGGAAGGCAUUUUCGUGACGUAAUCAGCGCGCGCCGGAAACGCGAAACACGCGUGUCCCGCGGCUGGUGGCUGGGAUGGCCGGCUUUGCUGAGCUUGGGUUGUCUUCGUGGCUCGUGGAACAAUGUCGGCAGCUGGGUUUGAAGCAGCCUACCCCUGUGCAGCUCGGCUGCAUCCCCGCCAUACUGGAGGGUCGUGACUGCUUAGGCUGUGCCAAGACGGGCAGUGGCAAGACAGCAGCAUUUGUUCUUCCCAUCUUGCAGAAGCUGUCUGAGGAUCCCUAUGGUAUCUUCUGCCUUGUCCUGACACCCACCAGGGAGCUGGCCUACCAGAUUGCAGAGCAGUUCCAGGUGCUGGGAAAGCCUCUGGGCCUGAAAGAGUGUAUCAUCGUCGGCGGCAUGGACAUGGUGGCUCAGGCUCUGGAGCUCUCACGGAAACCACACGUGGUCAUUGCCACACCAGGGCGCCUAGCCGAUCACCUGCGCAGCUCUAACACCUUCAGCAUAAAGAAGAUCCGCUUCCUGGUUAUGGAUGAGGCAGACCGGCUGUUGGAACAAGGCUGCACAGACUUCACCGCAGACCUUGAAGUCAUUUUGGCUGCUGUGCCGACCCGCAGGCAGACAUUGCUGUUCAGUGCCACACUGACUGACACGCUUAGGGAGCUGCAGGGCCUGGCCACCAACCAGCCUUUCUUUUGGGAGGCACAGGCCCCGGUAAGCACUGUUGAGCAGUUGGACCAGCGCUACCUGCUGGUGCCUGAGAAAGUUAAGGAUGCCUACUUGGUCCACCUGAUCCAGAAUUUCCAGGAUGAGCACAAGGAUUGGUCCAUCAUCAUCUUCACUAACACAUGCAAGACCUGCCAGAUCCUGUGUAUGAUGCUGCGCAAAUUCAACUUCCCCACUGUGGCUCUGCAUUCCAUGAUGAAACAGAAAGAACGCUUUGCUGCCCUGGCCAAGUUCAAGUCCAGCAUCUACCGGAUCCUGAUUGCAACAGAUGUGGCUUCCCGGGGCCUAGACAUUCCCACAGUGCAGGUAGUCAUCAACCACAACACUCCUGGACUCCCUAAGAUCUACAUCCACAGAGUCGGCCGGACAGCUCGUGCAGGGCGGCAAGGACAGGCCAUCACGCUGGUGACACAGUAUGACAUCCACCUGGUGCAUGCCAUUGAGGAGCAGAUCAAGAAGAAGCUGGAGGAAUUCUCGGUGAAGGAAGUUGAGGUGCUACAGAUCCUCACACAGGUCAACGUGGUCCGGAGAGAGUGUGAGAUUAAACUGGAGGCGGCCCACUUUGACGAAAAGAAGGAGAUCAACAAACGGAAGCAGCUGAUCCUGGAGGGGAAGGACCCCGACUUGGAGGCCAAGCGCAGAGCCGAGCUGGCCAAGAUCAAGCAGAAGAACCGGCGCUUCAAGGAGAAGGUGACACAGACACUGCAGAGGCAGAAGGCCAGCAGGGCAAACUGCACAGGACAUCCACCCAGCACCCGGCCGGGGGUCCGUACAGGCCCUGUACCCACCCAGGACCCAGCCUGAGCUCCACACCGCAC